CUUGUGUGAACAGGCAGAUGAGUGCAGACAGCAGCAACGGCGACAAUGCAGGACAAGCAGCAGCCAUUGCAAAGCUGCUCGCAAUGCACGCCAGCGCAGCAGCAGCACCCGACAUUGAGCUCCGCGUCAGCAGCCCGUGCAUGGGCAUCGAGCCAGAAGUCUACAAGUGGCCGCUGCGGCCGAUCGACGAGUUUGACCCAGCAACCGACCUGCUCAAUACAAUCCGACUCGUCGCGAGGGACUUUCAGCCGGAAGGGAUGCCGGAUUACACGUAUACCGUGAACACGGUCAAGCGCACCGAUUUGGCCGCAAUGACAAGGCUCCUAGACACAUUCAAUGCAGAGGUAGAACGGCUCAAGCCAAUCCGACAUGCUCGCCUCGAGCGGGAGCGGCAGCUGGAGCCGGACGGUCCCAUGAACCCAUCCUCGUCGACAGCGUCGCAGUCAACGCCCGCCACGGCCAGCUACUCGCGGUUGCCGUUCGAUCUCGUGUCGCACAUCAUGACACAGGUCUACAACAGAGUCAUCACCGAUCCGCGGACACUGAACGGCUACAAGGGCUUCUCGGCGGAAGUGUACGGCGAAGUCAACUUUGAAAUGAUUCACUGCCUCGUCGAGAAGGUGCCCAUCACCAAGGACGACAUUUUCAUUGAUCUCGGCUCUGGAGUCGGCCAGGCUGUGCUGCAGGUGGCGCUCCAGACGGGGUGCCGCACCUACGGCAUCGAAAAGCGCGACAUUUGCGCAAACGGGCCCUUUGAACUGGCCCAUGGCGACUUUCUCGAGGACGAAGUGCGGCCACGCAUCAAAGGCGCCACCAUCAUUUUCGUCAACAACUACGUGUUCGAUCCCCAACUCAAUCUCUCCCUUCGCCAGCGGUUUGAAGAGCUGCUCGAGCACGGGGCCAAGAUUGUGUCGUCUUCGGCGUUUGCACCGUUGGAAAAGGUCAAGCUCACAUCGCGCAACGUCGGCUCGCUCGAAAGCGUCAUGCGAGUCCGGUGCAUUCGUUAUGGUGGGCAAGGCGUGUCCUGGACCAACAAGUCUGUUCCAUUCUUUGUCCACCGGGUUGAUUAUACGCGCUUGUGGCGGUUUUUGCAAAAGCAAAGCGCCUCUGCCGGAGCCACGUCGCGCUCAACGCGUUCGCGCGGGGAAACGUCGCGCCGACGCUCGGGAAGGUACGAUGUCGAUUCGGAGGACCAGCAGGAGCUCCAGGAUGACAGUACCUCGAGCCCCGAAACCGACGACGAUGACAUUGUGGUCGCGGAUUACGGGCAUACCGGGGUGAAAUCCCUCAACCUUUCGCCAUUCUUUUCCGGUGGCCGGCGCCACCGCCAGCCGUCGCGUUCCACACCCGGUUCGAGCACGUCAUCCCCUCGGCCCACUCGCCCGAGCUCCCCAUCCUAUCCAAGCAGUGGCUCACGUGGCCAACGACCAUCGCGAAAAUCCAUUUCGAUGAACGUGAGCCCUCUGCCGAACUUUGCUCCGUCGCCAUCGCCUCAAACGGCCUCUCCGCCAUCUUCCCGACACGACAGUCGGAGUCGGCAUCGUCGCCGUCAGCGGCAGCGCCAGGAACGACAAGCUCAACUACAACGCGAGGACGACCACCGUAGCGACGACUUUUCUCGUGCAGUGCCAACAUCACCAGUGCUGCGUGCAGCUCCUCGUUUGCCCGACUUUGUUCCUCUCGGGUUUGAGGACACGCUGAAUGCAAAUGUGGAAGAUCUCACCGACGAGAUGCUUGAGGCGAUGGCGCUGUACUGCCCGCUGUCUGACGAAGCGCCGCCCGUGUCCAACUUUGAACAAGACCGGGAUUUGAUGCAGUACAUUGAGCAGCUCUCCGACCCCAACACUUCCGAUGCGGCCUAUAGCUUUCAGGCGGCUGGCGCGUUGGCAACGCUUGUGCAGCACACCUAUCUCAAAGCAUUCAAGAUGAUUGCGUCGCUUGGCUCACCGGGCGAGCUUCUCGAGCUCCGAGCUCAGCUAGAGCGUGAGAAGGAGGCCUUGAAUGUUUGCAAAGAUGCGCAGCAGCGAUUGUCAUCAGAGUCUCAACUGUUGACUCUUCAGAUCAGCGCACUGCUCAGAGACCGCGGCCUUGACGUGUCGUUUGAUUCUCCAACAGCUGCAGUCGAUCUCGUGCAUAAUAUCGCGCGAGUCUCGUCGCACGGCUCACCAGCAACCAGUCAAAGUUUAUUCGCGCAGCCUCGCACGAUGCCCAUGAAAACCGAUUGAUUACCACCACCACCACCACCACUGUUUGUUUGUUUUGAGAUUGCUUCGCUUUGUUUUUUUUUUUGAUGAAAAAUCGUUGUGUAUGAUACAGGAUAGCACAGACCA